ACCGCAACAGCAGUAUGGAGGUGCCACAGGCGGUCACUCGUUCUACGGAAAUUCCGGAUUCCCUCAGUAUGGUAACCAAAACCCCUACUACGGAGGAUACGGAUCGUAGAUGGUGAAUUGUUCGUAUCUGUUACCGUGCCUUCGUCUUCUUCAUUGAAAACAUUAUACGAGCCUGAAGAUGAUGAAUACGUAGCUGAGGAUAGAGUUGCACGAUAACUAAGUAAGUGGGGCCGCUUUUUUAGGUAAUUGCUGCGCACCAGUUCUCGUACUGAGGUGUAGUUAAUAUCGGUAUUAAGCAUAGUCCCUUUCCCGCUCAACACUACUAGAGGUCGUGCCGUGUUUUGGAAAUCGAAGGGUGACCAUUGUGGCCGCGUUAUCGAUGAACUGAUUUUGCCUAACAGACAUGUAACUAGAUUGAUUUGGAUGAAAACUCACCAAUAAAUUUUCGAUGGUUACGGUUACUCCUGGUGAAGAUAGGUGCACCUUCAUCGAAAUCGAAAACAAAAAACUAUUUUGAAUAUAAUCUAGUACUAACUUCCACGAAUUAUCAUUAUAACUUAACCUCAUGAAUGAGAGCGUCAGCCUCAGCGUGGUCAGGUCAGUCUUCAUAGCAAUCCGUCUCGUCUAGUUCUAAUAUCACCUUACCUGGAGAAGAUGAUGUAAGAACUGGCACGAUACAAGUAGAAAACAGGAGAUCCCGCUUGUUGGUUUUCUCAUAAUUAUUUGAAUGAUACAACUUGUGAGGGUCGAGGGAGGUUGAAUUUUAUUAAUCGAAUCAUCAUGGUCAACAUGCGUAGCAUUUACAUGUAGAUUCUGGCUUCAUAAAGCAGCAACCAUUCUCCCUCGUAUCCCCUAUGCUGUAUUGGAAAUAUGUGGACGAAGCGUCCUCGAGUGAGGGCUUUCGUGUCAUUUUGUUACAUGAAAGAAUUUGAUCUUCUCAUUUAUCUUUCUGUUGUACCAUUAUAUCUUCUAAAAGUCCUUUCUUAUAACUACCAUCUAUAUGAUUACUUUUACUAUGACAGCAUACAACCGAAGAUACCGCGAUAGGAACUAUUCUCGAUAUAAUUGUCUGUCAUCCUCAUCCAAGAAGAAGAAUAGUAACAUUAACUGAAUAGAGUUUGAAUUUGUUAGAAAGAAGUAUUGCGAUAUGUGUAUGCGAAGAAUCUACACGUCAGACAUACAAACAUAUCUGUAUUCUCGUGAGUUGUGUCCUUAGUAUUUCUCGGUCGUAUCCCGACGCAUCGAGUUCGCUGUCUCUUUGAAGGUCCACCCUUAUCGAACAUCUCAUAUACAACACGUCGCAACACGGAGAACUGUAAUAUGAGGAAUCGUUUCCCGAUCGUCCGACCUAUCACUAGAUGUCGUGACCUCCAUCCAAUAGAGUCGGCUGAUUUCUCGUGGUGGGAUGAUCGUUGCAGAAGGUUAGCUGUCGGACCCGAAAGGAGUUUGCCACUCUCUUGGGUUUUGAUCGACUUUGCCUUGAUGUAUAGCAUUUCGGUCGUAGGUCUACAUGAUAUCGGUAUCGGUGUUCAGCGUGGCUCUACAUUUCGUUGAGAAGCAAUUGUCGUAAGGGCCUCGGUCGAGACCAUACACAUACUUGUCGUGAACAUCAUCGGAGUCAACCUCUGCGUCGCCAACUGCUUCAUCAAUUUAAGUUCUGUCGCAACUUCUACGACUAUCUCGCCGCAUCCAACAACCCUUGGAUUAUUUCCCAAUGUCUCUCGUCGUAGAGUCGACCCUCAAUCCCGAUGUUAUAGAGAAGAGAUCUUGGCAAGGUUCAUUUUUCUAAAUUUAGUUUUCCUCAUGGUCGUUCUCUAGUACUGUUGUUCGUUCUUUUUCAUGGUCCUCACGGUCACAAAGUAGCUGCAACAUCAUAUCAUCACGACAGUGACGGGUUUGUUCUCUACAGCGAUUCGUAAGGCCUUGUCGGCUUCCGUCAAAGGACUGGGCGCUUGAAUUUCCAGUCUCUCCAGCGGGGAUCGAGAACGGUUGGCACGCAUUUUCGACGAUGAUGAUGCUGUUCCACGAAUGCCAAGAAAGCGCUUGCUGCGUCACUGUCAGUCGCAGCUGGUCUUGUUACCUCUAGCACAGGUAGCGGCACUAGUGCAGUUGGAAAAAGUGAAACCCCUAUUGCUAGCGGUGCUCCACAAGAAACGUCUGUGCGGUGGAGCAGCCUUCUUACUCAACAAAGCAGUCUUGUCGGACCAGCAGGAGCACGCUUGCCAGCGAUUUCGUCCUUUUCGACUGCUGCCGGCAGUAUACAAAUCUUCAAACGACGAGCUACAAUCAAAGACGAUGGCAUCAGCCAGGUUUCCGAUGCAGCAGCCCAAGCGAGACUGGCACGCAUCUUUGCAGAUUCCUCAAAUGAGGAGGUUGAUAAUUCUGGAGAGGGAAAAAAAAUGGGUAAUGCAACGACGACAGCAAGCUCUCUGA